GAACAAUAAGAGAGAAACCUGAGCGCGAGAGAAAGCUCUGAAUGGGAUUCUGACACGUGCUGCACAUCUGCCUCUCGUUACCUUUGGCUAACAACUGCAUGGCCCUUGAGAAUGAAUGCCAUCCUCUCAUCUGUUUGUCUCAUCUACAUAUACACUGACAACAAGGACAGCUCCUAAUAAGGUACGCCGAGCCAGUCUUGCUGUAAAUACCCCUGCGGCCUGAGAGGCAGAGGAAGGGAGGGUGCAGAGGAAAAGUCUGGGGGAAAACGGAGCGGAUGGAUUGCGGCCUUAUAAGGGUAAAGCUGCUCUUUUCCCAGGGUCUGGAGCCCAAAGUGCGGCGCGCUGCCAAAGAGACACAGAAGAGCGUCUGCUGCCACCUACAGCCAGAACAGCGGCAUGACCGCCGCAGAAGACGCUAAAGAAAGAAGGCAGACUCCCCCAAAAAUGACCUCUGACCCUGUCGACCCGUACAUCUUCACCUCUGACUCUCUACCGUCCGACCCUCGCUUCAUGCCACCGCUGACCAACGGCCUGCUGGGAUGGAGAGUGUUUGAUCCUAUCAUGCAUAUGGGCGGGGUUUAUAACGGAGAAGGCGGGACUUGUCACCGUGGCAACAUUCCUUGUCCCCUGGCAGUUCAAAUGAAGAUGGCAGAAGACGGACGACACACGUACAAGUUAGACAUGCACUCAGGUGUUUUCUCUCACUCCGUGGUCACGCCUGGUUUUGAGGCGGCGCAGGUUCUGUACGCUCACCGGCAGCAGACAAACCUCCUGGUCAUGGAGGUUCUCCUCAAACGCUCCGAAACCAGCACUGAACCAAUCACUAUUCAGCUAGAAUCUUCUUUCAAACCCCAGAGUGAUGACAUUGUUUUCCAGAAGGCACCGGACUUCGAGGGUGGAAGGCAUAUUUUUGGACAGACCAUCUCUUCAGAGGUUCCUGGAGGAAUCCGUCCAUUUGUGCACCUGAUCUGGACGCCCAUCACAUCCACUCUUACCCUCCCACCCGACCAGAGCCAGUCCAGCUGGGUCUUCCUGGUUGCCGUUGCCGGUAGUGAUGAGAGCGUCCGGUUGUGUUAUGAAGCUGGUUUGGGGCUUAUUGAUACGGGCGACUUACGGCCCUCGCACCUGAGAAGCUGGGCGGAGCUUUGGAAGGGGAGCAGCAUAGAGGUGGAGGGAGCAGAGAGCCUGAACCGAGCUCUGAUUGGCUGCAUGUUUUAUCUCCUCAGCUCAUUCUCAUCUUUAAGAGAGGGGGCAAACGCACCGCUCGAGUUCGGAGGCGUCAGUCCUGGGGGUCUGUCAAACGGGAAUAAAGAGGAGGAUUACCAUGGCCAUGUGUUCUGGGAUCAGGACACAUGGAUGUACCCCAGUGUUGCCCUCUUCUGUCCCAGACUGGCCAGAGCUGUACUGGAAUACCGUGCAGGAACCAUGGAAGGUGCUCGAGCAAACGCCCAGCAGAUGGGCUACGAGGGACUGAAGUUUGCAUGGGAGAGUGCGGUGACGGGCCGGGACGUUUGUCCAGAGGACAUUUACGCAGAGCAGGAGCUGCACAUCAAUGGAGACGUGGUGCUGGCUUUCCAGCAGUACUUUUACCUCACACAGGACCUGGAGAUGUUCAGAGAAGGACGGGGCAGUGAGGUGGUGUGGGGCGUCGCUGACUACUGGGUUUCACGGGUAACAUGGGACCCUACUGAGCAGCAGUACCAUAUCAAAGGUGUGAUUCCUCCUGAUGAGUAUCACUUCACUGUUGACAACUCAGUGUUCACCAAUGCUGUCGCUCAACGCAGUCUUCAGUUUGCUGUGGAGUUGUCCGGUCUGUUAGGGCACACGCCUCCUCCCGCUUGGCAGGACGUUGCUGAUAAGAUCAAAAUCCCCUUUGACCCGGAACUGAAGUAUCACCCAGAGUUUGAUGGCUACACGCAGGGAAGUGGAGUCAAGCAGGCAGACGUAGUGUUGCUUGGAUAUCCGCUGGACAUGUCCAUGACCCCAGAGGUCAGACGCAACGAUCUGGAAGCAUAUGAGGCCGUCACUGAUCUGCUCGGACCGGCCAUGACAUGGGGCAUGUUUGCUUUGGGUUGGCUUGAACUUGGAGAUGCUGAAAGAGCCCAAAAGCUUCUGCAGAAAUGCUUCAAAAAUAUCCAGAAACCAUUUCAGGUGUGGAGCGAGUCGGCUGAUGGCUCUGGGUGUGUGAACUUCCUCACCGGUAUGGGCGGCUUUCUGCAGGCAGUGCUGUUUGGCUACACCGGCUUCAGGGUGCAGAAGGAGCAUCUUGCCUUCGCCCCGCUGCUACCGCAGGAAGUUGAUGCGCUCAGUGUGAAAGGUGUGAGUUACCUCGGCAACAAGAUGGACUGGUUGAUAAAGAGUGUGGAAGUGAGCGUUUCAGUGAGGAAGCCUGCAGAGGAGUCUGGGAGUCAGGAGCCAUCCGCUCUUCAAGUUGUCCUGAAUACUGGAACUACAAUCCCACUUAUUCCAGGACAGUCCGUGAUAUUUCCGCGGCAGCCUGGUCAGAUCCGUAAAGUGAAUUCUGGUUCUUACUGCAGGCCUCUCUGAUGAUCCACAUUUCUACCUUAUACCUUUAUAUUUCAGUAUACUACAUGUUACUGUAAUAAUGUACUGUAAUAAUGCCAAAUAUAUACAUUAUUAUUAUUACAUGAAUCACAGUAUACUCUAGAAAAAUAAUUUACAAUAAAAGAUAAAAAAAGUUA